AUGUCUGGCUACGCCAGCCCUGCCAUUCACGGAGCAGGUGCACAUGAGUGCGUGUGGGGACAAUUCGCCCUGAGCCUCAGGGGGCAAAAGUCUUGGGCCGCCCCGCGACUCCGCCUCCGAGGGCGCGAGCCGUCGCCCGUCUCCGCAGAAGUACGUCCCACUGAGUUCAGCGGAGUCGCUUCGCAGCCUCAGCCGAGGCGGCAUCCGCGCCUGCGUUUCCAAGGCCUGCGGGCCCCGGAAAAACAGGCGGGCGUCGCCCUUUUAAGGCGCCAGGCUGCCCUGCGCGGCUCUGGACGCGGCCAGCCGUCCGCCCGUCACGUGGCCUCUAGCUGGCCGCCCCUGCCCGGGGUGGCCACCUGCUUUUGCCCCGGAGGGAGCCCACGCAGCGCUGCCCGAUGGAGGCGCCUCCGGAGAAGGACCCCGAGCCCCUGCGCGGCUCCUGGGUGGAAGUGCCCUCCGCCUGCCAGGAGCCCCCCAGGCUGGCCUGCGCUCCCUGCGGCGACUUGGAAGAGAUCCUACGCGAAGCGCAAAUGGAUACGGAGCGGGGCGACAGCCUCCUGCCGGCCCGGAAGGCACCUGGCGUGCAGAGCGGGAGUCCAAGGCAGGGGGAAGAGCCGGAGCGGCCUGUCCGGAUGGCGGCUGGGACCUGGCCAUGGCGCAGCCCUCCCGAGCUCCUUCCCUCCAGGGAGUUUGCCCGUGUUGCCCCUGUGUCCCCGCCGCUGCUCAGACCAGCUCUGCACAGGAAGAGGGGAACGCGAGACCCCCAGCUUCUGCUUCUGCUCUUCCCGUCUCUUCUGCUCAGCCAUGUGCUGGCCCUGGGGCUUGGGAGGUGCAGGGUCAGUUGGCCCAGGGCACCCUCCGUGGCUCGGUGCUACACCCAUGCUGGCACCACAGAUGAGGACUGUUUCCAGGGUGAGAGGUUAUCCUUUUCUACAACAAAAUGGUGCUUGUUCCCAAGCAGAUGUGUUUAGCACCAGCUCUUGUGCACUAGAGAACACUCACUCUGCAACCCGUAAAAUGGCCCAGGGUCCAACGAGAACGUGUUGCCAGUUGAUGCACAUUGGGGCAAGCAAGUGUAACAGAUGGGAUCUGAGCUGGUGAUGACCGAACAAGAAAGAGAUCUGGGAUUGUGGUGGAAAAGCUCGAUGAAAUGUCCACCCAGUGUGCAGCCGCUGUCAAGAAGGCAAACUCCAUGUUAGGCAUUAUAAGAAAAGGAAUUGAGAAUAAAACGGCCAGU